AUGCUGAUUCAGGUCGGUGGGCAUCCCGGGAUUGUGCAAGAAUGCGGACAGUACGUGCUCAAGAGUGCCCUAAACACUGAAACAAUGUUUUACGAAACGACGUACAAGACAUCUGGAGGGUCAGAUGCAAAGAAAGCUAUGUUCCGUGCAUGGAUGCCGCUUUGUUAUGGCAUUGCAGACGCCCAGGGCCACUGGCUUCCAGGAUGGCCACGGAUUCCCCUUGAUGACGUGCAGCUGCCACAGCUCAGUAUCGGCUCGCACACACUUGUACUAGAGAAUCUCGUACGUCCAUUCGUGUAUGCGAAUGUGUGCGACAUUAAGCUCGGUACCAUCUUGUACAAUGACCAGAACACCGAACUUUCGAGCGAAAAGCGGGAACGUAUGCACCAAAAGGCGUUCGACACAACAAGUGGGACAUUUGGGAUCCGAAUCACAGGCUUCUGUACAUGGGACGCUUCGAAGCAGGCGUUCGUUCAAAGCGGGAAGGCUCCUGGGAAGGCUGCACGCACGAAGGAGGAUCUUCAGCGCCUCUUGUACGAUGCAUGGGUUGUAUCUAGUCCUGUGCGUGAACGUGUGAUUCACACACACCUCCUGCCGAGGAUUGAAGCCCUCCGCGAUACAUUAGCCCACGUGCCUGUCAAAAUACGCAGUGCAAGUGUGCUUGUCAUUAUGGAGGGCGAUGACGCACGUCUACAGGCGCUGCUUGCACGCGGCGAGCGCGUGCUCGAUGUGCGUAUCAUUGAUUUUGCGCACUCUCGAUGGGCUGAGGCACCGGAUGAUGGGGUUUUACUGGGCCUUGAAACACUAUAUGAACUAGGAAGCCGGCUCAUUGCUUGA